AAAAGGUGCGUGUUUAUGAGCUGCGUUGUGUUUUUUGUGUUAACGACCGGUUCGUGUUGUGUCAGCAGUGCGGCUUUUCGUUUACACACAACAACUAAUGACCUGCAGUAGAUCACAUUACCUUACCAACUGGACCAGUCCUGUUCUGUGACCAUCAGCCUCGGCUCAGUCCCAGUGAAAGUCGCUCGCAUAAAUUUCGCUGACUGCUCGUGAAAUACCACACCGUCGGGUUCACUUUUAUAAGAGGCUGUAAUUUUCCCCUUAAAACUGUAAACGCAUAGAUAAAAUCUGGAAUGUGUUAGGAAAAUUUAUUUAACACAAACUGUGCCAUUUCCACCCUGCAGUCAAAUAUCGAACUUUUGUAGGUUUUGUUGCGAAAGAAUUUGCCGUUAGUGGAGGUGAAACGCAAGGAUCAUUUAAAGUGAAAGAACGUAGGUAGUGUGUGUGUGUGUGUGUGUGUAAGUCCAGCCUCCUUCUUUACAUAUACACACCAGCGUUUACCCGAGACCAUUACCUGUGUGAAGUGCACCUGGACGGACUCACGUAAACGUGGAUUUUUACAAGAGAAAAUAAAGACGCUUUCUGGAAGUAAAAAUACGUGACUUAGAGAUGUGUGAUACAUUUUUUUAAAACGACCUAGACUCCGAGCAGAAUUUUGUCUUAAAGCUGAUUUUUAAAUCUCAUGGUUGCUAUUAUCUGGAGUUGAUUCGCAUCAUGUCCAAAACCUCAGAUCAGUUUGACAUCUCAGAUUGCGUGUGUUCAUUUGGGAUGAAGCUUACUUGGGAUAUAAACGAUCCCAAGCUUCCACAGGACACCAAGCAGUAUGAUGCGUUCCAGGAGUGGACGGAUGGAUAUGUACGUUAUAUCUACAGCAGUGAAGAUAAGAACGCACAAAGACACCUGAGCGGAUGGGCCAUGAGGAACACCAACAAUCAUAACUGUCAGAUCUUGAAGAAGUCCUGUCUUGGUGUGGUGGUGUGUUCACGAAACUGCUCUCUCCCAGACGGGUCCAAACUUCAGCUGAGACCGGCCAUCUGUGACAAAGCACGACAGAAACAACAAAAAAAGCUUUGUCCAAACUGUAACUCAGCUCUCGAGUUGAUUCCAUGCCGAGGUCACAGUGGCUAUCCAGUAACCAAUUUUUGGAGAGUAGAUGGGAAGGCAGUUUUUUUCCAGGCUAAAGGAGUACAUGACCACCCCAGACCAGAAAGUAAGUCUGAAACAGAAGCAAGAAGGAGUGCAGUGAAGAGACGGAUGUCUUCACCUCACUUUUCACAGAAAAGAAGACUUGUGGAGCAAGAGCCUGGACGUUACCAUGACAUGGCCUUUCCAAAUAUCCACCAGCUCACCAUGGAGGGCCCAGAGCGCUUCAGCAUCAUUGCAGAGUCCAACUUCCCAAUACAGACCCAACACUAUCCUCCUUUCCAGAACACAGAGCCCUACAAGUUCCCUUAUGACACACACACAACAGCACCCAUGGCAGAUGCUCCAAGCUCACUGCAGAAGCCUGCCAACCACCGUCUGUAUAUGACCUGCACUCCUUGUGGGUAUGACUUUGCAGUCCCUGGAUACCUUGGCUCAGGGCCUUAUCCAACAGCACUGUAUAAGGAUCCUUCUAGCCAACAAACUGAGACAGAACCCAGUAAGUGUGGGAGCAGUCUGAGUGGCAUGCCUCAUGGCACGAGUCCAUUAGGCAGCCAUGAGCGGAGUUAUGCAGAAAGUACAGGAAAGCAUCAUGGCUGGAAGCAAAUUCUUAGUAAAGGUGCCUAUGGGGAUAGAGGAGACUACUCUCAACUGCCAACCAACACCAACCACCACUACUACAACAGUGAAUACCCAUGUAGGUACACUGGACCAGCCCCUGCCACACCGGCAGCAUUGCAGACUAUAAUAACCACAACCACAAAAGUAUCCUACCAGCCAUGCCCAAAGCCAUCUGUUGUCAAAUAUGGAGAGAAUAUCUAUGAUGUGAAAGGCCUGUCUAACUGUAACUCAAUCUUGGAAGAGGCCUCUUCCAACUCUUACUCAGACCUGAAGAUUCCAGAGGAUUCGGGAGUGAUCAAAUCUGCCCUCUCAUACCAGGACACUCUCCCAGCUAAAACUGAGAGGUCUGAAAACUUUGAGGGCUAUCGCUACAGCAGUUACAGCUCAAACAGUUACCCUGAACGAAUGUCACAUCCUUUUAGGUAUGAUAGCGGAGAAUACUGAGGGACUGCUGAAAGACCGAACAGGGUAUAAAAAACAAAACAAACAAAGCAAAAAACAAACAAACAUUAAAAAACAAAGUACAUAGAAACGUGUUGUUAUUUAUAUUCAGUAUUUUAGCUGUUUUAAUGUCUUUAGUUUUAAAGUGAUGGUAUAUUUUUAUGUAAUCUUUUGAUUCAUAUUGAUUAAAUAGACUGACAUCAGUGUUGAAUACAUUUCAAUAUAUUCAAGUAAUGUGUUUAAAGUCAUUAUUGGUAAUUAGCUGU